UCCAACAUGGCGGCAGCUAAAGAGGUUUCAUUCGUACUCCUCAUUCUUUCGUAUCUUUUCUAUAAAAGUGAAUCUACCUUGACGAUACGUGGAGUUUCUUUGACGAAGCUCCCUUUGUAUGAUAGCUCUAAAGACUUUACAUGUUUAGACGGUUCUCUUACAAUUCCUUUUAGUAGUAUUAAUGAUGACUUUUGUGAUUGUAAAGAUGGAUCAGAUGAACCAGGUACUGCUGCRUGCCCAGAUGGUUUUUUUCAUUGUACCAAUGCUGGCUUUAAACCUAGAAAUAUCCCUUCGUCAAGAGUGAAUGAUGGUAUAUGUGACUGUUGUGAUGGUUCAGAUGAAUACCAAGGGAAAGCUAAUUGCCCUACUAAUUGCAAGGAAUUAUAUAAAUUAGAAUUUGAAAAGAGAAGACAAGAUAUYGAAUUAGCUAAGCAGGGUCUUGCCAAAAAGCAGGAAUUAAGUGAGAAAGGGAAACUAACAAAAGAGCAGAAAAAGCAAAAGCUUGAAGAGUUAAAGCAACAGUUGGAAGGAAAAUCAAAAGAAGUUGAUGAUCUUAGAGUUUCCAAAGAGGAAGCAGAGGCAGCUGAAAAAGAGCUGAAAGACAAGCAUGAAAAAGAUUGGGAAGAGAAGAAGAAUAAAAUUCUUGCUGAMAGGGACAGAGUUGCAGCUGAAGCAGCAUUCUGGGYUCUUGAUACUGAYAGCAGUAGCAGCAUCACUGUUCAUGAAAUUGUGGAGACCCAUCAUCUUGACAAAGUUUACACAGAAGAAGAAGCUAAGGAACUUCUUGGAGGUAAUGAAGAGGUUGACAUGAACAAAUUCACUCAGGAAUUAUGGAAUUCAUUCAAAGACAAAUACAAAGAAAAAGAGGAACCUCCAAAGGAUGACAAGACAGAGGAAGUUCCYCCAACAGAAAUGCCAACUGAACCUCCCAUCCCUAUCCCACCAUCUGCUGAGGACAUUGAYGAYAACCCUGACGUCCCUGAUGUCGAGGGUGACCAGGAUGAUGAUGAUGACGAUGACGAGGAAGAAGAAAAAAAUGAGCCUGUUUUGCCUACUCCUGCUCCUACRCCAUCUGAUGACUCGUUAGAUGCAGAAUUGAAGAUGCCAGAUUAUGAUGAAGAAACCAAAGCCAAGAUGGAUGUGGCUGACAAAGCAAGAAAGGAGUUUGACAGUGCCGAAUCAGACAAAAGAAACAUUGAAAGAGAAAUUAGCGACAUUGACAAAAUGCUGGAAAUGGACUAUGGAGAACAUGAUGAGUUCUUACCUCUUUCUGGRCAAUGUUUUGAAUUCACAGAUAGGGAGUACACUUACAAGCUUUGCCCAUUUGACAAAGCAACACAGCAACCAAAGAAUGGUGGCUCUGAAACAUCUCUUGGUACAUGGGGAGAAUGGAGUGGUGAACCUACCAAGUACAUGMGCAUGAAAUACAAAGGCGGACAAAACUGCUGGAACGGACCUGAUAGAUCAACUGAGGUUGUACUGUCCUGUGGCAGUGAAACUCAACUAACURGUGUGUCGGAACCAAGCCGAUGUGAAUAUAGAAUGGAAUUUAAAUCUCCUUCAGCAUGCCAYGAACAGCACACGAUGCUCCAUGAUCACCAAGAGUUAUAAUUAGAAUAGAAGCACAUUUAUACUUAUUAAAUCUCUUUUUUAUUGUGAAAAAUUCAACCCAAUUGUAAAGAAAGUUCUGUCAGCCAUUUUGUAAAAGUAAUAAAUUAAACUAAAAAUAUUUGCAA